GCUUCCCUCUCAAGUCUCAUCCAUUGCUAUCUACUCUAAUUUACGCCCCAAGGGCACUACUUCUAAAUCUACGCAUUCGUGACAGCCUUCUUCUUCUUCUUCCUCUUUUCCAUUAUCUGCAGAAUCGUUCAUCUGAAGUUUGAACAAUAUUUCGCCUUUCCAAAAAUGGUGAAUUUCAUGUUAACCAUUACGGCUGAGCUCGAGAACCUCACCAACCUUCAGCCUCAGGGAGGAUGCGAUGAUCCAAGCUUCACAUACUACUUCAGGUUGAAAUGCGGAAACUGUGGUGAAGUGAGCCAGAAAAGGACUUGUGUGAGCUUAAGCGAAACAGUUCCUCUCCCCAAUGGCAGGGGAACUACUAAUCUUGUUCAGAAGUGUAAAUUUUGUGGAAGGGAGGGAACUGUGCUGAUGAUUACGGGUCGUGGCCGUCCAUUGACGACCGAAGUUUCUCAAGCUGGGAAACAGACUCCACUUAUGGUGUUUGAAUGCAGGGGUCUUGAGCCUGUGGAUUUUGCUUUUGGAGAUGGAUGGAAAGCGGAAUCCAUAGAGGGAACUGAAUUCACGGGCAUCAACCUGUCAGAGGGAGAGUUUGCAGACUAUGAUGAGAAGGGAGAGUGUCCAGUUGUCAUAUCCAACCUCCAUGCCGAGUUUGUUGUGGUGAAGUAGAAAUCACUACUGUCUUGCAUAUGAUAUGAUCGGUGGUUUUACUUACCAAUACCUUUUAGUGUAUUUUCACUGGAAUAUAAAGGGGAUGAUGCUUUGACUUCUGUUUACAUUUUACACUAGGGACGUGUUUGUUGAAUGUUGAGGAAACAAAUUUUCAUAGGAAAUAAAAACGAAAAAGGACGAAUUUCACUGCA